AGGGCAAUGAAGUCCAUUAGACGAAAUUACAAAAUUAUCGGCUUAUUUCAAGCCAUUCAUGUGUAAACUUACACUGUCGAUGAUAUUAGCCGGAUAUUCUGCAAUUUCUCUGAUGUCCCAAAAUGGACGAAGAAAAAGGUUCAAACAAAGACAACGGUGGUUCUGCAAAUAACUGUGUCAGUACAGGAGAUUUGAGUUCACCAUUAGAUAAGAAUGAUGCAACAAACACCAUUGGUGUUGUUAAUGGUGAUGGCUCAAAGGCAGAUGAUAACUCUAAAGGUGGCGCAACUGGAGGGGCGGAUUGGGAAGUUGAUGAUAAAGAAACAUCUUUUCAAGCUAGUCAAAUUGAAGCCAUGAUGAAAUUAUUCAAUCAGUUCCGGCUAAAUCUAACUCAAGAGAAGAGUGAGAAAGAAAAGCCAGAACAACUUUUAGAUGAAGUAAGCUUUGAAGGUGUUGCCAACUACAUCAAAUCUGGAAAAUGCAAACAUAUCAUUGUGAUGACAGGAGCUGGUAUAUCUACUGCUGCUGGUAUCCCAGACUUUCGAUCACCUGGAACAGGCCUCUAUGACAACCUACAGAAAUACAACUUGCCCUACCCUGAAAGCAUAUUUGAGAUUGGAUACUUUAGAAGUAAUCCUGAACCGUUUUUUGCCUUGUGCAAGGAACUGUAUCCAGGAUCAUUCAAGCCCACUAUGUCGCACUAUUUUAUCAAACUACUCUAUGACAAAAAAUUACUGCUGCGUAAUUACACACAGAAUGUUGAUACACUAGAGAGAAUAGCAGGAGUACCUGAUGACUUGCUUGUGGAAGCUCAUGGCUCAUUUCACACUGCUCAUUGCAUAGAGUGUAAAAAAGAAUACACAAAAGAGGAUGUUCGUGAUGAGAUAUUUGCGGACAAGGUACCAAGAUGCAGUGGAUGCGAAGGUGUCAUCAAGCCAGAUAUUGUCUUCUUUGGUGAGUCCUUGCCUGGAAGAUUCCACAGACUUGUCCCUCAGGACAUGCCUCACUGUGACUUGAUCAUCAUCAUGGGAACGUCACUUGCCGUUCAGCCAUUUGCUUCCUUGAUUGACAGAGUUCUGGCGACAACACCAAGGUUACUAAUUAACAAGGAGAAAUGUGGUCGGCAGGCUAGCUUUUUGUCCUUUCUGUCUGGUGUGGAUUCUGGAUUUAAAUUUGACAAAGAAGACAACUACAGGGAUGUUGCAUGGCUUGGAACAACAGACGAUGGCUGUUUGGCACUUGCUGAACUACUAGGCUGGAAGGAAGAACUUGUUACAAUAUUUAAUGAAGGUCAUGCCCAUCUGGACAAAGAAUCCAGACAAGAUAAAGCUGGGCUUACCACUGUGGAGGCGAAAGAAAAGGAAUAUGGAGCGGAAGAAAAACCGAAAAAUGAUGAUGACCUUACAGUGGAGUGAAGAAUCUGAUGACUACCUAUGACCUCUCUCAUGCAAUUCACUUUCCAAGCUCUAAACCACUGGUGGCAAAGUUUCAGAACGAUUGUGUAGGAGACUAUACUGACGGCAUUAGGCAACAAUGUACUAUAGUAAUAAAGUGUUUGGGCUCAAUUGCGCAAAAAUGAAGACAAUUCAAUUAUUUUUUUAUAUGCUGGUAAUAAAAAAGGCCGGCAAAAAUUCCCCACGUUCACAAUUUUAGCUUUUACACAAGCAACAAGUCUGUGUUGACUCAACAAAUUCAUGCCAAAAAUAAUUUGUAUAUGGAACAUCAAUAAAUCAAUGAAGUUUGAUAAAA